AUGGAAAGGGGGCUUCGCUUUGGAGACGUGAGCAUUUCCCUGGUGCUCCUGUUUGCGCUGCUUCUACUGCCCAAGCAUGGAGUGAGAACCAUGGAGCCGAGGCAACACAGCGGAGCCCCGGGGUUUGGACCCGAUGUGACCGUGGAGGAUGAGGUGGGCUCGGCCACGGAGACUGAAGACUCGUACGCGGACAACAGCAGCAACGUGCAACCCACAAGAUCUCUGGUGAUCAUCAGUACUCUGGAUGGGCAGAUCUCGGCUCUGGACCCUCUGAACCAGGGCAGGAAGCAGUGGGACCUGGACGUGGGCUCGGGCUGCCUGGUCUCGUCCAGCUUCAGCAAACCAGAGGUGUUCGGCAAUAAGAUGGUGAUCCCGUCUCUGGAUGGGGCCUUGUUUCAGUGGAACCGGGACCGAGAGCUGAUGGAGGCGGUGCCCUUCAGCGUGGAGUCUCUGCUGGAGUCGUCCUACCGUAUUGGGGACGACACGGUGCUGGUCGGGGGGAAGUCUCUCACCACCUACGGCCUCGGAGCGUUCAGUGGCAAGAUCCGAUACAUCUGCUCGGCUGUGGGCUGCAGUCGUUGGGGAGAAGAGGAGGUGGAGGCAGAAGACGUGCUUCUGCUGCAGAGGACCCAGAAGACUGUGCGAGCCAUCAGGCCGCGGUCAGGCACCGAGAAGUGGAAUUUCAGCGUGGGAAACUUUGAGCUGAAGUUGGUCCCAGAAGAUCAGUCGGGGAUGAACUUCCUGGAGGGCGACGGUGAAACGUGGAAGGAGUCUCCAAAGUUCAUCAUGGACGAACCCAGCAGUGCGGAGCAGCCGGGUGGAUCACAGCAGAACCUGGACCUGGUCAUCAAAGUUUCAGUGUCCGACUGGAAGGUGAUGGCCUUUAGCCCUGAGCCGAAUGGAGCGUUGGUGUGGGAGCAUCAGUUCUGUACCCCCAUCGCCUCGGCCUGGCUGGUGGGAGGGGGCACGGUCACACCCAUCAGUCUGUUUGAUGACACCAGCUACAGCGGCCGCUCGGAGACCCAAGAGGAUGACAAUAAUGAAGAUGGCAAAAGCGGAGAAACCGAAUCCAGUGUUUACCUAGGGAUGUACCGAGGACAGUACUACCUUCAUUCCUCAGUGACUAUCACUGACAAGUUCCCCUCCAAAGCCAUAGCGUCAGAAAAUGACAUUGCUCCUCUCCCCACUGUCAAAUGGAAGCCACUGAUCCAUUCUCCGUCGCGGACACCUGCACUUGUCGGUUCAGAUGAGUUUGACAAGUGUUUGACAAACGACAAGUUUUCCCACGAUGAAUACAGCAACGGCGGGCUGUCCAUUCUGCAGUAUCCAUAUGACAAUGGCUACUACUUCCCGUUCAGUAAGCGUUACCGGGAGAAGCGAGAGAGCGCAGUGAGCCUGAUCGAGGGCAGAGGGGCAGGGUCAGAGACUCGCCGCCGUAAGGAUCCCGUGCUGCUGCUGCCCUGGUGGAAAGAGAUCAUCGGCACCAUCAUCUUCUGCAUUGCCGCCACCACUUACAUCGUACGCAAGUUCUUCCACCCCCCUGCCCCCACCGUCAGUGUCCGGCAACGCAAAGAGUCGGAGACCCAGUGCCAGACGGACUCAAAGUUUGACCUUGAAGUGGUGGAGACCAAAGAGACCGUUGCUGUGGAAACCAAAUCCAGUGAAUACGUAUCAAGGUAUCUGACAGAUUUCGAGCCUGUUCAGUGUCUGGGCCGUGGGGGGUUUGGUGUUGUGUUUGAGGCUCGCAACAAGGUGGACGACUGCGACUACGCCAUCAAAAGAAUACGAUUGCCCAGCAGGGAGCAGGCACGUGAGAAGGUGAUGAGAGAGGUGAAGGCCCUGGCCAAGCUGGAGCACCCGGGGAUCAUCCGCUACUUCAACGCCUGGCAGGAGAGUCCCCCUGAAGGCUGGCAGGAGGAGAUGGACCAGCGCUGGCUCAAAGACGCCAGUGUUACGGAUUGGCCUAUGAGCUUUGUGGAGCACAUGGAGGCGCUGUCGGUCAAAGUCCCUGUGUCUAGCCCUGUGACACAGGCCUCUGGUCACGGGGGAGACGGCCUGGAGGUGUCGGUGGAUGCGAGGGGUCUCCUGUCUAGUAGCACAGGUGCCGGUGUGGGCUUCGGGGGGGACGAGAGUGACCUGUCCUUCCACCCUUUGCUGGGACAGGACAGCCUCAUGUCAGAGCGGGACAGUCAGGCCGACCCGGAGGCUUCGGACACACCUCACUCCUUUGAGAUGUGCCCCCCCCGGGCCCCCGCAGACUGCACCUCCUCUUCCUUUGACAUAGUGUUCGAGGACUCGGGCUGCGAUCGGGACGCAGAUGGUGAAACGGACUCUGCGUCUGGAGUCACAAGUCCUCAAACCACCAAAAACAGCAAAGCCUCAUCCACGAAGCAACGGGACGCCCUGCCAUUGUUCUCCUCUUCACCACGGCCACUCACGCUGGCUCUGCCCCCGCCUCAGACCAUGCAGCGCACUCAGCCCUCACCAAAGGUGUACCUGUACAUUCAAAUGCAGUUGUGCCGAAAGGAAAACCUCAAGGACUGGAUGUCCCAGCGCUGCCUCCCAGAUCAGAGGGAGCUCAGCCAGUGUCUCGACAUCUUUGUCCAGAUUGCUGAAGCUGUCGACUUCCUGCACAGCAAAGGCCUCAUGCACAGGGACCUCAAGCCAUCAAACAUCUUCUUCACGAUGGACGACGUGGUGAAGGUGGGAGACUUCGGUUUGGUGACGGCGAUGGACCAGGAGGAGGACGAGGACGAGCCCAGCGCCUUGACGCCUGCACCACUUCUAACCCGCCACACGGGGCAGGUCGGCACCAAGCUCUACAUGAGCCCAGAGCAGCUCUCUGGAAACUCGUACUCUCACAAAGUGGACAUCUACUCUCUGGGCCUGAUCCUGUUUGAGCUGCUGUAUGCAUUCAGGACGCAGAUGGAGAGGGUCCGGACGCUGACGGAGGUGAGAGCUCUGCGCUUCCCUGAGGUCUUCUCCAAAAACAACGUCCAGGAGCUGAACAUGGUGCGUAGCAUGCUGUCCCUGAGCCCCGCCGAGCGUCCGGAGGCUGCAGACAUCACCGGGAUGCCUCUGUUUGAGGAGCUGGAGCUGCCCUGUCGUCUGGCCGUCCGGCAGCGCUCACGCACCUACAGCGCCUCCUCCAUGGGACGUCCCGCGAGACAGAUCUCCUCUUCCUCAUGA